AUGAACCCUCGCGGCAGAGAGAAGCUGAGCGACUACACGGGCGUCCCGAGGCUGACCCACGGCCGCAACGUCUCGUACGACAUCCCCGAUCCCAAGCUCCCGCAAGUCUCGCAGUGGCUCAUCGGCAACCCCAACCGCCUCAACCUCGGCCGCAUCGGCCUCAGGUACAAGGGCCAGACUCUGUCGGCCGCGCAGAUCGGGGAGCCGAGGCAGGAGCUCGACCUGUGGGGGGGCUUCAUCACGUCCACCUUCAAGGUCGACGGCGAGACGGUGACGGUGGUGACCCAGGGCGACUUCGCCUCCGACGCCGUCACCUUCACGAUCGAGUCGCCCCUCGUGUCGGCCGGCGACCUGCGCGUCGAGCUCGACUUCCCCUACCCGCCGAUCCACACGACCAAGUACAAGUACGAGGUGUUCGCCGGCGUCUACGACUUCCCGCGGAACCACACGACGCGCAUCUCCAGAAGCUGCGGGCGGCCCGACCUGGCGCACAUCUACCACGAGCUCCAGGAGACCAGCUACUUCGUCAACCUGCGCUGGCCGCGCGAGAGCCCCCUGGAGCUAUCGAGGGACGAGUCGGAGGGGUCCGACAAGAUCACCGCCCACCGGUACACGCUGGCGCCGAGCGGCGGCGCCUCCAACGGGACCUCGGGAUCCGUCACCUUUACCGCGCACUUCUCGCCGCAGCGCCAGGAUCCCAGGCCGCCGGCGGACAUUCAGAAAGAGAGCGUGGCGGGAUGGCGAGACUACUGGACCGAGGGCGGGUUUGUCGACCUGACGCUGUCGUCGAACCCGAACGCCACCGAGCUCCAGAGGCGCAUCCUCCUGUCGCAGUAUCACGUCCGGGUCAACAGCGCGGCGUCGGGGCAGUCGCCUCAGGAGAGUGGCCUCAUGAACAACGGGUGGUACGGGAAGUUCCACAUGGAGAUGGUCGUGUGGCACAACGCCCACUGGGUGACCUGGGGCCGGAAGAAGUACUUUGACAACAUCUUCCCCGAGCUGUACGAGACUCUGUUGCCUUCGUCGUUUGCAAGAGCGAAGCAGAUGGGGUGGGAGGGAGCUCGGUGGCCUAAAAUGACAGAGUUGGAGAGCGGUAGGAGCUCUCCUGGUGGUAUCAACGGUCUGCUUCUUUGGCAGCAACCUCAUCCUAUGUAUCUGGCUGAGCUGGCGUAUCAGUCCUCGCCAACCGACGAGACCUUGAAACGGUGGGACGCGGUCUUGACGGCUACCGCCGACUACAUGGCAUCGUAUGCCUGGAAGAACGAGAGCUCUGGCUACUACGACUUGGGGCCGCCUUCGUAUGGCGUCACCGAGAACACGCCUCCCGCCGAGACGCUGAACCUGGCUUAUGAGAUCUCGUACUGGAGAUACGGCCUCGACCUCGCGCGCGAGUGGAAGAAGAGGCUCGGGCAGCCCGUCCCGGAGCGCUGGACGACCGUGGCCUCGAACCUCGCGCCGCCGCCCCAGGUCGACGGCCGCUACGCCGUCUACGAGGGCCUGAACGGCACGUGGUGGGACGACCCGGAGCUCAACGGCGACCCCCGCAGCCUCAUCAUGAUGCAGGGGGUGCUGCCGGACACCCCGGCCGUCGACCCGGCCGUGGCGCUGAGGACGGCCGACAAGGUCUGGGAGGUCUGGACGGACCAGAAGAUCCGCGGCUGGGGCCGGCCCGUGUUGGCCAUCAACUCGGCGCGGAUCGGGAACCCGGAGAGGGCCGUCUACCACCUCACCGCGUACACGUACUGGAAGUUUGACGAUGCCGGCUAUGCCAUCCGCGGAGGCGACGGCGGCACACCUCCUCCGUUCAUGCCCGGUAACGCGGGCUUUCUCUACGCAGUUGCGUAUAUGGCAGCCGGGUGGCAAGGCUCUGAGGGGGACGCGCCGGGGUUUCCCAAGGACGGAGGGUGGGUGGUGAAGCACGAGGGGUUGCAAAAGGCACCUUGA